GUGCAGGAUGAUUUGGUUUCGGUGUGGGCCACUGGUUCCGUCGGCAGAUUCGCAGGUGAGUGAGCCAUGAUGCGUGAUUUACCCGAAGCGGGUUGGUGUUUACAGAGGGUUGCACAACAAAUCUGGAUAGAUCGGGUGCGAGAGAAAUUCUCACAGCUCCGUCGAGGCUCUUGAUCGCAGCCCCGGGGAUCCGAUCUGCUCACGCUGAUGCCGCUGCUGGUGCUGGUGCUGCUGCCUCUGCUACAGGGCGUUUGAAGGGUGUUGUAAGGUGGUGGUGGGUGCAUCGCGUUCACGAAUCUGCGAUUGUGAAAUCUGAGAGAGUCGGGAGCAACUUUUAGUGGCACAAACGGUUUCGAAGAAUCAUCUCCCAGGCAGGGUUGGAAACACUUCGAGCUCAUGGCUUACAAACCAACUGUUGUGCUGCGGGCUGCAGCAGCAGCCGCCCUGGCUGGGGUUGCGAAAGCUGCAGCAAUGUGCAAGGCCGCCGGUGGAGUAAAGAUGGGUGCUGCAGCAGCUGCAGUAGCGGCAGCUGCAUCGGCAGCUGUCGGGCAGCCUAAGAAAGAACAACAUAGAUGACUGUUCCUGUAGUGGAGGACUCAUGUUCAAAUCCUGGAUUGAUUGAAGUUCUGAACCCACGGGAAGAUGAGAUAAAAUGUUACUGCUGAUAUCUUUUGCCCUGUCCUUUUUGAAACCCACUCCUGUGAUGGGUUGGACAAUCAAGAGGCAUUUGGAUUAGGCGAUGGUCGAGAAAUACUACUCCACUGGAACUCUCUCAUGGAAGGAGCCAGCAGACGCAAGAGCAUGAAUGACGCAGCUCAAUGCUGUAUUCUCUUGGAUCUGAGGAGCGCUUAUGGAGCUCUCGAGUUCCAUCCAGCACAUGUACUGCAGGUCUUAAACGCCGAAGCGCCUUACGGUUGUCUGGAGGGGUAGGCCGAGGCCGGUGGUCAAAGAACUUCACAUUUCUCUAUUCCCAGUAUGGUUCUUAUCUCUAGAACCGACAGACAUGAUGAGCAAAUUUGAAACCCCUUCAUUUUCAUGAAAAUGAAAUGUAAUGUGAAAGGUGGAGAGCUACCUGACGGAGAGUUCAAUGAAUGCGGCCGAUCGCUUAGGUCGCAAGGCUGCGAUAGCGAGGAAGGAAAACAAAUGUUUACCCCUCUUCGGAUCUUUUCGUCAGCAUGCCAAACUCUGAAGCUAACAGUUCUUUUAUGAUGUAUUCAGUGUAUGUCACCAAGUUAUGAUGUGAGAGAACCGCUCAUACCACAGGGGUAUUCAAGGGCC